UAUCGUUAAUGCGACGGGAGGAGAUGAGCAAGGUCAUACGCAACCACAACGUUACUCUUUACUGAUGAGCCUGUCGACCUAACAAAAUGGGGUCCUUGUUUGUUGUCAUAUACCAUAGAUUGCUGGCUGUCAUGUGUGUAGAUCAUAAACUACCCUUAUGUGAAUGGAGUCAUACACUGCACAAAAAUAGCUCUUAAUAAUAUCAGCCAAAUUUCCUCAUCAACUGCAAAAGUGUAUAUUGACGCCCGGUAACUUCCUCGUCCUCUGCAAAUCCCUUCCUCUUACGCAUAAGCACGCAGUCAGCUCGUAAGGAAGGGUAGUGACGGUGCUGGGUGGUGUGCAAGGAGUCUAGAGAUCCCUGGUGAUGCGUUCAUUCAAAUUCUCGUCCUCUCCACGUUAAACACCUUCCUCCUACUUAUAAGCGAUCAGUCACCUCUUCAGUUAUGCGAAUGUCUAGACGCUGCCUCAACGAGCGGGGUCACUGGAGGCUGCUGGCGGUGUGGCUAUUGGCGCUGACGGUGGCUCUGGGGAUGCAGGCGGCGGGGCUCUCGCAGGCAUCAGAGACAGCCUGCGGCCUAGUCACCUGCCCCGCGCCGGAGCUUCCCUCGCGGCCCGAGGUGGAGGUGCUGGUGGAGGGGCCGCUGAACGAGAGGGACGAGCGGCUGAUCGAGUGGGUGAGGGCGGGGGCCGGGGGUCACCUGCUGCCGCCCUCCGCCGCGCCCUACGACAUCCCGGACAACAAUAUCGGCAACUGGAAAGGAUCUGACGGCUGGAUAUUCUACGUCAGCCAAGUGGAAAAGUACUUCGGGAAAAAGGAGGGCGGGUUCUUCGUGGAGGCGGGGGGGCUGGACGGGUACAUGCUGUCCACCACGCUACGCCUCGAGCAGCAGCAGCGGUGGGAGGGCCUCUUGGUGGAGCCCCGGCCAGACAUGUUCGAGCAGCUGCUCACGAGGCACCGGAAGGCUCACGCGGGUAGAUUCUGCCUCUCGGAGAAGUCCUAUCCACACAAGACAAGCUUCUGGAUGAGCCCCGACUACUCCAGGGGCGACGUGGUGUACAGCGCGCUUGGCAGUCAGCUCUUCGAGAAAGUCAAGCCAGAGCAGAGGGAGCGCGGCAGCGUGGUGAGCGCCCUGUGCCUCCCGCUGGCCACGCUGCUGCGGAGCCUCGGCAGGACCCACGUGGACCUCUGGGUGCUGGACGUGGAGGGCGUCGAGUGGGGCGUCCUGGACCUCUUCCCCUUCCACGAGUUCACCGUUGACAUGCUGGCGGUGGAGCGCAAGAAGAAGGGGGCGGAGGAUCGGCGGGGGUUCAUCAGCAUGGUACAGUCUAAGGGCUUCACGCUGGCGGCGAGCAUCGUGGAGGACUUUGUUUUCAUUAGGAACAACUCAGAACUCGCGCGCCUGGCCAAGGAGCGCUAGAAUAUGCAGCUGGAGUUUGCGGUCCACAGCUAAUGAGGAAAGAGAACAGAUUGACAAGAUGCAGAGGGCAGCUACAAGGCGUUUAAGCUAUACAGAAAGACUAGAAAAUAAACUGGAUUUGCCAACACAGGAAGCAAGGAAAAUAAGAGGUGUCAUGAGUGUUAUACGAAUGUGUGAGUGGGAAAUAUAACAACAACAGGUCCGCUAAGUCAACUUCAGCGCUUAAACAGACAUAUAGAAAGUCGCGAGUGUCAAAAGUAUGUGAAAAAUAGUGUUAAGGAUGUAAGAUUGUUAAAAGAUAAUGUGUGAGUGGCAGAAAAGAACAAUAACGGGUCCCCUAAAUCAAGUGCAGUGCCUAACCAGACGUAUAAAAAGCCGAGAGAGACAGAGGUAUAUGCAAACAAAAAGGUGUUGUGGAUGUAUCGCAUAAAGUGACUAUAUACUAUUUUUUCAAUCCUAAAAAUAAAGUCAGG